ACUUGGGUUUCAAGCUCUGCUGCGUUGUCAGGCUCUUGAGUUUACCAGCACUUUGAAGGAAGGUGGUGGUCAAAUUUUUCAAUGACAUUAAUUGAUCAACUAUGUGAUGUCAGAGAUCUCAUCUGCUUAGAAGGAUCAUCCUUGGCUGGUGCUGAAUCACAGGGGCUGGAAGAGACCUGUGGAGGUCAUCACAUCCAACCCGAUUGCUACAGCAGACCCCGACAGGAGGUUGCACAGGAGCGUGUCCAGGGGGGGUUUGAGUACCUCCAGAUAUUCAGAUAUGUUCUUUUUCUUGGUUUUGUUUACCGUACCUGUAGUUAUGGUUUCUCUUGGAAAUACCAUGGCUGAAAGAGACUCUCACAUAAAAUUCACAGUUUGUUUUUUUCUUAGGAAAUGACUGGUUACAGACCUCUGCAGUCCCCUCCACUGAAGGAGCUGACCAUCAGGAGUCAUCUGAGUGUUCUUGUUCCUUGUGCACAGAGCCCUGUGCUCAGAAGUGCCACAUUACAACUCCUGCCUCUUGCUGUGAGAGUUUUAUCUGCGUUACUUAAUGCUUUGCCUCCUGAGGUGAGCUGAUAAGUUCAGCUUUGAAUGACUUUAAUUCUGUCUGAAAAGAGGAAAGCAAAAUCUAUCCAUUUAGAUAAGGACUCUCAUGCUUUCUAAUUUAUAUUCUUACGAUUUCUUGGAGCACCUAAUGUGGCUCUUAGCAUUAUCCUACCACUACAAAGUACAUGUGAUAAUCUUGUCUGUUAUUCUAUGUUUCCUUUAAUUAUUGAGCCAAUUUCAACACUUUUUAGUGGAGUAGUUGCUACAUUACUUCAAGCAAUAAGCAGCAGGGUAGCACACACUUGUUAAGAUGCCAUCAAAUCUCUGAGGCAGCUUUUAAACAAGGUCUUGUCUGUGAGAAGAGCAUUGUCAAACUUGCUCUGCUUUAGAUUUAACCAGUUUUACAAAAUGAUAUUUCUCUAAAGGAAUAACAAGAGUGAUCCAAUAAGCAGCUCACAAGCAACAGGGACAUGAUCACAUGGCCUGAAACAGAGAAGAAACAGAUUAAAAAUUAACAGUAUGCCUUGGACUGGCCAGGCUUCAGGAUGCUUUGCACACCUGCGUAUGGUUCCAUGAGGGACCCCAGCAGCCUUUGGUGAAGGCUGGCCUGAACUGAAAGAAUUAUCUGCUAAUUCUCCAAAACUAGACGGUUAAACUGACUUUUGUAGGGUCUCCUGAGUGUUGGUUUUUUUUCUUGUUUACAAGCCUUAGUAGAAAUGUCUGCCUGCAAGGCUGUGUCAGGGACCACAGUCAAAAGAGGUGUGCCUUUUAAAUGACACCACGUGUGUAAAGUCUAUGCUAUCCAGCCCACACUGCAAGCAGUAGCAAAAUUCUCCCCUUCACUGACAGGUUUUACCCUAAACAUUAUUUUGAGCAGUCAAAAGCGGAAGCAGUAUAAAGAUGAUUUUUCUAGGCUUUUCAACAAAAGAAACAGCUCUAACAAAGUAGGUAGCCUCCAGGUGUACAUUUACUUAACCACGUACAACUGAGAAUUGUUUCCUCCUAGCUCCGAUGUUUUCUUGCCUGACAUUCCUGAGAGGAUGCUGCCAACCUGAAUCCAGCUAUGUGCCCUCCAUGCACAGUUAGAGUCAGAGUCAGCAUCUGAGUUUUCUUAAAACUCAUUUUAUUCUUGAGCACCCAUAAUGAUAGCAGACCUGGAUUGUGCUCAGAUGGUGCUCCAAAAUACACACAGGGAUUGCACAGAGGUUGCAAUUGCCUCUUCCAGCGCAUUCUUGUUGGGAGUUGUGUGAUGCUUCAUGGAAAGUGUCCAUCAGGAACAGAGCCCUGCAGAGCUCCUUGGACCUGCCUCAGCUGCUUGGAAUCAGGGUCUUUUGCCAGCCUUUGAACCCAGAGAGGGGGAAGAAAGAAGCUGUGCUGCUCCUGUUUAGAAGCCUCCCUGCAUAAAUGGGUCACCGAGGGGACCGGCGCAGGCUCCUGAGUCUGGCAUCGGGAAAUAUGUCAACAGAACUGAGCGCUUGUUAACGACAGGAAAAAGGACAACAUGCCUUUCAAAGGGUUUGAUUCGCUGAAGGAAAGGUUUUUUAACCCAGGAAAGGAAGAGGUGAAGAACACCGUUAGCGACUCACUGGGGAAUCUGCGAAGGAAAAUCGAUGGCACCAACAUCGAGGAGGAUCACAUUGAGCUGACAGAAGAGGGGAGGCCUGUGCAGGCCAGCGCCCGCAAGCCUCAAGUGUGUGACUGUUACUGCUGCGGGCUGCCCAAGCGCUACAUCAUCGCCAUCAUGAGCGGCCUGGGCUUCUGCAUUUCCUUUGGAAUUCGGUGCAAUCUGGGUGUUGCCAUCGUGCAAAUGGUGAACAAUAGUACUGUUUAUAUUAAUGGCAAACCAGAGCUGCAGAAAGCUCAAUUCAACUGGGAUCCGGAGACAGUGGGACUCAUACAUGGCUCUUUCUUCUGGGGUUACAUUGUGACACAAAUUCCAGGAGGUUUCAUUGCAAACAAAUUGGCUGCUAACAGGGUGUUUGGAGCAGCUAUUUUUCUAACAUCUACACUGAACAUGUUCAUCCCUUCUGCAGCAAGAGUACAUUACGGCUGUGUGAUGUUUGUAAGAAUUCUGCAAGGUCUGGUAGAGGGUGUCACCUACCCAGCCUGCCAUGGGAUGUGGAGUAAAUGGGCUCCUCCACUGGAGAGAAGCAGGUUGGCAACGACAUCGUUCUGUGGGUCAUAUGCAGGUGCAGUGGUCGCCAUGCCAUUGGCAGGAGUGCUAGUACAGUAUAUAGGAUGGUCAUCAGUCUUCUAUAUUUAUGGAAUGUUUGGGAUUGUUUGGUACAUGUUCUGGCUGCUUCAUGCCUAUGAGAGUCCAGCUGCACACCCGACAAUAACCAGAGAAGAAAGGGUAUAUAUAGAAACAAGUAUUGGAGAAGGAGCCAGCCUUGCUAAUGCAGGCAAAUUUAGUACUCCCUGGAAAAGAUUUUUCACUUCAAUGCCAGUUUAUGCAAUCAUUGUGGCUAACUUUUGUAGAAGCUGGACCUUCUAUUUGCUCCUUAUAAGUCAGCCUGCUUACUUUGAAGAAGUCUUUGGAUUUGCAAUAAGUAAGGUUGGCCUUUUGUCUGCAGUUCCCCACAUGGUCAUGACAAUCAUUGUGCCCAUUGGAGGGCAGAUAGCUGACUUCUUACGGAGCAGGAAGAUUUUAACUACUACCACCGUAAGGAAGGUCAUGAACUGUGGAGGCUUUGGGAUGGAAGCAACCUUGCUUUUGGUGGUUGGUUAUUCUCAUACAAAAGGCGUGGCUAUUUCUUUUCUGGUGUUAGCUGUAGGUUUCAGUGGCUUUGCAAUUUCAGGAUUCAAUGUGAAUCACUUGGACAUAGCCCCACGUUAUGCCAGCAUCCUGAUGGGGAUCUCCAAUGGUGUGGGGACGCUGUCGGGCAUGGUGUGCCCACUCAUCGUUGGUGCAAUGACAAAACACAAGACCCGCGAAGAAUGGCAAAAUGUCUUUCUGAUCGCAGCCCUGGUGCACUACAGUGGAGUAAUAUUCUAUGCUAUUUUUGCUUCUGGGGAGAAGCAGGAAUGGGCUGACCCUGAAAACCUGAAUGAAGAGAAAUGUGGUAUAAUUGAUCAGGAUGAACUGGCCGAAGAAACUGAGAUGAACAAUGAAACUUUUGUAAGUGCAAAGAAAACAUAUGGUGCUACCAGUCAAAACAGUGAAAUACAAAGAAGGGAAUGGAGAAAGCAAAAGCAAGUGACUCAAGAUACGGAAGAACAGACUUCUUACCAUUAUGAAAAUGGGAAUUUUCAAGAUUUGUCAUAAAUACUUGAAAUUCUAAGACACAAGGGGUAAUACUUGCUUUCUAAUACUGUGGAAGAGAUCUAACAACAAUGGAACAGGGAGAAGUGACACUAAAUCUUCACUUUGCCACUGGAUUCCCUUGGACAGAGUGCCUGUAGCUGUUCAAUGACUGGUCCUGGCAGAGCUUCUGCCUUGUGUGAGCCUAUGACUGUUGGAAUAAGGAGCACCCUUUUAUUCUCACCUGAACAGACAACAGAAAAGGUCAUAUCAGAUGGUGGAUCCACAGUGAUGUAUGUGAUUAGGGGGGCACACAAAUCUGCCCUAAGAAGCACUGCUUUGCCACUUGAAGAUUCCUGUAGAUUAACAUUUGAGCUGCUUAACCCGUGUCUAACUGAAAACUGCAAAAGAUCGAAGUGGAGGGAAAAACAGAUUUAUGACAUGAGGUUGUAACCUAUAAUGGUCACUUAACUACAGGAAGGUAAAAGGUAGCAGAGAUGGCACAGUAUUGCUUCAACAUUUCCCUAAAAUUGAUUGUCAGUCUGCUUUAUAGGUAUAAUCCAUGGGGUCUGGAUGAGGCAAUUAAAUGGAUACUUGUAAGAUUUGCCUCCCUUCAAAGGUUUUGUGCUGGCAUGACAUAAUUUUGAAUAUUAAAUCAUCUUUAGUGGUGCAAUAUUAUAAAUCCUUAUGAAAGGAAAUCAUUAGAUUUCUCAAUUAAUUGUUGUGAAGUAAUUUAAAUAUAUUUUUCUAGUAUUAUUCUGAUAGAGUUCCUGGACUCAACCCCAACAGCACUUAUUUAGAUGAAUAAGUCUAUUUAGAUGAGUAGUCUUUAGUUCUGGAUCUACAACUUUUUCUUCAUCAAUGCCACAGCCUCACUGUUACAAAAGAUGUAGUACUGUAGCAUCUGAGAGACAGCAAAAUAUCUAUGUCUAAAAGUAAUUUCCUUUUUCUAUAGGUAUAUAUUUUACAGCAUAGUGUGGCUUUAGCUUUUUUUCAACCAUUUUUAGAAUCAGACAGUGGAACAUGCCAUAUUAUGCUGCGACUCAGAUUCAUCAUGUCAUUAAUAUUCAUUUCAGAAUGGAGAAUUUCAGUAAGAUAUGAUUUAAUUUGUCUUACGUUAUUAUUACUGCCUCAUUAAAUUCAAAUGAAAGCUAUCCUCUCAGUCUUCAAUGUGCUUUGUGAUAUUUCAGUUCUCAUAUACAGACACUGUGAUGCACACAAGGUGAGGACAUCUCUAAUACUCGUUUUACUGUUUUGUUGAAGCACAGUUGAAUGCCAUGAGUGGAACAUUUGUACAAUCAUUUGAAUCUGUGGAUGAUUUAUCUUUCCUACAAGCGUAACUAAACGGGGAGAACCUGAAAUUAUCUAAUUCUCUUCAGAUGUCUCUGGUUCCUUUUCUACCCAGCUAGAUCCAAUCUACAAGAGUAUAUGUGGAUAAAAAGCAAAGUGAGAUGAAGGCGCAUCUAAUUUGGCUUCACUGAGGAAUUUUAACUGAUAAUUUAAUGAUACAGGUAUUGUUGUGGUGCUGAGCAAUCCUACCUUGGCACAAUGCAGUUUGUUAACAAACCACUCCAAAAAAAAUCAACAACCCAAUCUUUAUAACUUUAUUAGGGCGGAAUAUAAUAUUUUCUCAAAAUCUCAAUCUUCAGCUUGGACUUCU